CUGCCAGGAAACCCUUUCAACUCAAAUCUGGAGGAGGGGGGAGGAUCUUCCGUCCUUCUUAAGGAAAAGGCACUCUGCGCGCGUCCAGUGGUAGCCUGCUUUUCCUGAUGAAUUAAUCAAAAACACUCGAACGCUGCCCGGGAGCCAGCUGACUUUUUGAGUAGAAAUGAACGCCUCUAGACGGGCAGGAAGGGCGCUCCUUCCGUGGGCCGUGCUACAGCUUUGCAGAAAGGGAAUGGCUGUUUUCCCACUGAUGGGGGAACCUCACCCCGCCCCGGGGCUCCUGGGUCCCAGGCUGUGAGAAAAUGGAGCAGACGCUCCUCCUCUUUCUUCUCUUCCUCGCCUUGGCCAAGGAGGCUGCUCAGUUGGAGAACAACAAGAUCCCCAGCCUGUGCGCAGGUCAGCCUGGCCUCCCCGGGACCCCCGGAACUCACGGCAACCAAGGUUUGCCCGGCCGGGAUGGGCGCGACGGGCGCGACGGAGCUGCAGGCCUGCAAGGAGAAAAGGGCGAAGUGGGCCACCCAGGACUGACGGGCCCACGAGGGGAGCAAGGCAGCCCUGGCAUCAACGGGCUCCCAGGGGAGAAGGGGCCCCAGGGGGAGUGUGCGGUGGCCCCCCGCUCGGCCUUCAGCGCCAAGCGCUCUGAGUCCCGCAGCCCACCACUGCCCGAGCAGCCCAUCGUCUUUGACAUCGUCCUGAUUAACGAGCAAGGCCAUUACGACGGCAACACGGGCAAGUUCCUCUGCCAGGUCCCGGGGCUGUACUAUUUCGCCGUCCACGCCACCGUCUACCGGAUGAGCCUCCAGUUCGACAUCAUGAAGAACGGCAAGUCGGUCGCCUCCUUCUUCCAGUUUUACGGCAACUGGCCAAAGCCGACGUCCCUGUCCGGGGGCAGCCUGGUGCGGCUGGAGCCGGGGGACGAGGUCUGGGUGCAGGUGGCGGUGGGCGAGUACACCGGCUUCUACUCCAGUGUGAAAACGGACAGCACCUUCACCGGGUUCCUCGUCUACUCCUACUGGCAAAACUCUCCCGUCUUUGCCUAAGAGGGAGCCCCGCGAGGGCCUGGAAAAGCCGGCGUCCUGAAGCCCCAUGCUGCGGCCCUGGCUUUCGUCAGUGGCCACGCGUUCCUUCCUAACCCAAGGAGUGCAACGCUCCUUUAGAUGACCCCGUGGGGAUCAGGGGGUCCCCGUCAACCCCUGGUGGCCCGGGGCCCUGCAGAGAAGCCGAGGACCCCACCUUUCUCCAGCCUCGCCGUAAUAACGACGGGAGCCCCAUCCCACCUCUUUCUUCCCUGACCUCCGAAGCCCUCCAAAGGGCGGACGCGGCGCUUUUAGCCAAUUCUUCGGCUCUCCGUUGAAAGCGAAAGAGGUUUGACUUCAAAUCCCUCUUUUGCCAGGCCCCUUCCUAAUUUGAGAGGUUCUUAUGGGGAGGAGCAGCGGGAGCUGAAAUCGUCACGAUGGUGAUUGAAAUAACGGUGGCAAAACAGAGGUGUGCCAUCUGAACCCCAGGGGUACAGUUGGCCCCCUGAAGAAGCCUUGGGGUGUGGCCCUCUCAGACCUCCAAAAGGUGACCAUGGGGAAAAUGAUAGAAGAUGUGAACUGGGGGAUGCGUAUUAAGUGUAUUGAACUGUAUUUCCAUUUAAUUGAAAACAUCUGUGUCAAUGAAAAAGCAAGCCGAACGGUUCCUUUGGUCUUGGCUCCGCACACAUUUUGGAAGGUAGUCCCUGGAACGUGACUUGAAUGCUGGUCUCGACCAAGGCGCAACCCUGCUUUAAAGCCACAGCCAGGCUGCGUUCACGGAGCACGCUUAACCAAGCCUACAUUGGCACACUAGCCUUGGCUGGGUUCUGUGUAUGUGUGCUUCCUAGUCUAUUGGGCCAACCCAGUCUGGCUAGUUCAUGGUUCCACGUUUUGCGCUACCCAGAAAAUGGAUGAAUUCCAUAAUCAGAUCAACUGCACGUGUGAAGGACCCGCUAGGGAGGAGUGGGCCCGUCCCCCCAUUCUCCUCUCAGGGGGUCCUGCGUGUGCCAGGUGCGACCAUCCUGUCCCACCAAAGCUGAAACGGGACAGCCUUGUUCCAGCCCUCCCCCAGAAGAGAAAGAUUAGUUCCUGGGAUCACUUUUGGGACCCAGAAGAUGAACUGGCCAUCAUUGUCCUGGGCGGGUUUGCAUCUUCGCACAGCUAGAAAAUAUGGGCUGGUUCAGAGACUGAAUCGAAGUUCGCUUCAACCUCCCUCCCCCAGAAUACACCCCAAAGGGUUGUGAUUGCCCAACCCACCGAAGCCCCAGUGAGGCUAAGCUAUCAGCCCGUAAGUAUCCAACGUAAGCCAGUGUGACGUUGCGGGCAUCGUGAUGUCAUUAUGCAAAUGCAAUGAACGUGCAGUUUCCUCGGCAUGAUGUCACGACACACAUGAUGUCACUUGUCCCCUCCUGUGGAAACCCAGCCUUCAGCAGCACACCACGUGGAGGGUCCGUCCUAGCAGUGGUCAAGAGGAGAAUGGCGAGGGAACUCUCAGUGUUUCUCAACCUUAGCAAAUUUAAGACGAAUGGACUUCAA